AGAAGAAGAAGAUGAACCGACAACAGUGAGCAGAGCAGGGAAAUAAAUCCACACACAUAUCGGUUUUAGAUGUUAACAAGCAUAUGCGCUGGACAUCAUCUUUGGUAGCUUUUGAGGGCUUUGUGAAUGAAAACAGGGCCAUGUCAGCAGCAUAGAGCAUACAGAACCGGAAGAGAUGUACUAUGUUCAACAGGAAUCUAGAAAUAAUGAUGGAAGUAAAAGAGGAACCUCAGGAACUUGAAGUGGAGAAGAUACAAGAUGAACCUCAUGAUGUCAUCACUGAAGAAAAAUCUUCUGAUUGUUUUGAAAUAUCAACUAAGAAAAGAAAAAACAAAAAUUUGGUAAUUGUACCUCAGUGUGGAGAGAGUUCAACAAAUAAAGGACAUCAUAGCAAUAACAAUAAAGAGAGACGUCACACGUGCCAGCAGUGUGGAAGGAGUUUUACAUGUACAGGUGCUCUUAAUAGACAUUUGAGGAUUCACUCUGAAGAGAGGCCGUACAAAUGCAGUCAGUGUGGAAUGAGUUUUAUACAUUUAAGUCACUUUAAGGGACAUUUAAGAACUCACACUGGAGAAAAGCCCUUCAUCUGUAUUCAAUGUGGAAAGAGUUUCAGACAAAAAUGGUCCCUUAAGGUUCACGAACGAAUUCACACUGGAGAAAAGCCUUACAUCUGCGCUCAAUGUGGAAUGAGUUUUUCAAUGAGAAGGUAUCUUAAUAGUCACAUAACAUUACACACUGGAGUGAAACCUUACACCUGUCCUGAAUGUGGAAAGGGUUUUACGCAGAAAGGAACCCUUAAGUUUCAUGAACGAAUUCACACUGGAGAGAAGCCGUACACCUGCCCUCAAUGUGAAAAGAGUUUUACAAUGAGAAGACACCUUAAGAGUCACAUAACAUUACACACUGGAGUGAAACCUUACACCUGUCCUCAGUGUGGAAAGAGUUUUACACAGAAAGCACAUCUUAAGAGUCACAUAACGAUUCACACCGGUGACAGACCUUUUACUUGUCCUCAGUGUGGAAAGGGUUUCAUAAGAAAAGGAUUCCUGGAAGAUCACUUGAGAAUUCAUACAGGAGAGAAACCUUUCACGUGUGCUCAGUGUGAAAAGUGUUUCACACAUGCAUUCAGUCUCAGAGUCCAUGAGCGCAGCCAUAAUGAAGAGAACUUAUUUAACUGUAAUGAUUGUGGGAAAACAUUUGUUUCUGCAUUGAUCCUAAAAAGACACUUGAAAAUUCAUGUCAAUGAAAAGCCCUACACAUGUUCUGUUUGUGGAAAGAGUUUUGCACUGAUUGAAUAUUUGAAAAAACACCAGAUGAAACAUACUGAUGAGAAAACUCAUGUCUGAGAAACUUUUUUGACUACCGAAGCCUUGAAAAAGCACCAAAGAGUUCAUACUGGAGAAAAACCAUACAUGUGUUAACAUUGUGGUAAGAAGUUCUCCUAUCCAUGUUACUGGAAAAGUCACGAGAGAAUUCAUACUGGAGAGAAGCCGUAUCAAUUCCCUCAAUGUGGAAAGAGUUUCUACUCAUCCGGUGGUCUCUGAAAUCAUGUUGCUGAAAGUCACCAAACUUAUUGUCAAUUUCAAAAUUCUUAACUAAGCAGCAGUGCUACAGACUGAAUUUUGUGGAAGUUUCUCUUUCGUUCUCAUUGUAGCUCAGGUGAGCCAUAAAAUAUAAAUCAUUCUUACUUUACUCGCUCUCAAAUCAUAUAUGAAUAUGAAAAGGGAAAUAUUUUGACAAUAUGCCAUCCUUACGGGUUAUUGAAGGUCUGAAAAACAAAUACAUUCAUUUCAAAAGUAACCCCUUCAGUGGGUUAAUAAAUGUAUGUCUUUUAUAAUGAAAUGAAUGGCGAAGGAAACCAUUGUAAACUUAUUUGGUUUAAGUUCACUGAAUGCUCAAAAUAUCACUCAUUUAUUUCCCAUGCAUCUGACGAUAAGACAUUUAUUGAACCAAUGGAAAGGUUUGAAUGAUUUUAAAUAUGUUAACUUUUUGGAGCUUCAACAUGUUGGAAUGAUGGUGGGUAAAAUAUAAGUAAACAUUAAUUUCCUUUAUUACUUAAAGGGAUAGGUCACCCAAAAAUGAAAAUUCUGUCAUUUACUCACUCUCAUGUUGUUACAAACCUGUAUAAGUUUCUAUAUAUGUAUAAGAACACUAUUUAAAGGUGACAUAGAAUGAUUGAAUGGGGUAUUUAUCCUUGUUCUGUGAUAUGACAUGUAGACAAAAAAUUUUUUGUUUGGGUCUGUAUUGCCUUAGAAGUUUCCUAAAAACCUCUCUCAGAUAGCGCUAUUAGGGUGGGGGAUGUUAAACAAGUGGUUUUGCACCUAUUUGGCUCCCCCUACUGGCUUAACUUGCAAUCUCAUUACUGAUUGGCUGACUUUGCUGCCCCUCAAAAGAUGUAGCCAAUUAUUUUAAAGUGGCGGGGAAGUGAGAUGCCUGUGAUGUAAUAAGCAUCAGUUUUUCAGAUUGACAUUUCUAAAAGAGGAAUUACUAUGAGACUGAGAUGUUUAGCAUGUAUAGCACUUUUUGUAUGUUCGUGAAUGCGGGUAGACUACCAUUAUUCAACAAAGACAAGGUAAAAAUGUUUUUUCAUUCUCUGUCCACUUUAAGAUAUUUUGAGGAAUGUUGGUAAUCAAACCAUUAUUGAGCCCUGUUCACUUCCAUAGUAUUAUUUUUUUCUAUGGUACUUUUGCAACUUGUUUUUGUGAAAUAGGUGUUUUGAUUAUUAUUCUUAAAUAAAUGACAAGGAAAACAUGUUUAUGACCACAUUCAUGUCAAGCUGAUUUUAAUUUUCCUUUAUAAAAGACAGCAAUCAGUCAUCUUUAACCAUCUUUUUAGAUGUGAUCUACAAUAAGAAAAUAUUACUCGAUGUGAAAGAAGUUCCCUUUCAAUUCAUCUUCAAUUUUAGUUUUGUCUUCAGAUUGUAAAGUACAAUGUUAUGCAUGAAAAGUUUGCUUAGUAAUUUGUAUCUAUUUUAUUUUUAAAACAAUAUACAAAUAUGUUACCCUGUUCCUUUUCUGCAUUAAUAAAUUAACUGCAUGUCCAUGUGACAAAAAUGAAAUGCCAAAAACCAAUAAAGU